AUCAGAUAAGUGAACCGAAUUGCCGCCGAACGAACCGUAGUCUUUCAGUCUUCUUCGAUAGAGAGAAUCUAGGGUUUGUGGAAACGAGGCAGUCAGUUCUCGUCGGAUCCCCCACAACCACAUCCGUAAGCAGAGCGACGGCUUUGUGAGUCUCUGAAUUCACAGUGGCGUCGAUUUGUCUGAGGAGACAUUUGUUGAUUUCCCGUUUUCGUUCGAAAUCACGAAUUCUGAAAGCUCAGAGAGAGAGAGAGAGACGAGUCCUGCUAUCGUGUUACUCAUUCCGAGAAUCUAUAGGUCAGGUGAGGGGAUGGUAUAGCAGAUGAAAGGAUGGUGCUAACUGAAUUGAGCCUUGACUAUUCAAAUAGGGGUUUAGGUUCUCAAAAGGAUCCUGUUAAAGAAAUGAACAGAGAGGAGAUGCAGCAGAAAGAAAAUAUGCUAUUCUCUUCUCAGGAGUUUGCUCAAAAGCUUCAAAAGGAGAACAUGACACUGAUGAAAGCCUUAGCACACCGAAAUAAAAUAGUCGAGUUGAGUGGUAUUGAGUUUCAGAAACUGAGGAUCAACUUAAGGAGUGUGCAAGAAAAGAAUUUGCAGCUUGCGCAGGCAAACAGUCAGAUGUUGGCGGAACUCAAUACAAGUAGAGACAGACUCAAGGAACUCCAGCAUGAACUUGGCUGCAAGAAUGCAUUACUUAAGGUCAAGAAACAGCUUGAGGAGCAAACGCUUCCACGUACAGAUCAUGCAUCGAAAGACAAGGUUUUAGUAAACGCUUCUGAUGGGGAUUGCAAAACCUUUCAGGUGCAUGACAUGAAUCAAAAAGAUACCAAAAGAAAGCGGACGUCGAGGAUAAAACACGUUGUUGCAAACUCUGAAUGGACAGUAGUGUAUUGCAAUGACACUUUUUCUGCUUCGAACAGGCUCUCUAGGCAAUGCACACGAAGGCAAUCUACCAGGUUUGAUGUUCAAGAAACUGAACCAACGGAAAAAUUGCUUGAGAUGGAUGCUCCCAAAGAAACUAAUGAAACCGCAAGGCUCUCUAGGCAAUGCACACGAAGGCAAUCUACCAGGUUUGAUGUUCAAGAAACUGAACCAACGGAAAAAUUGCUUGAGAUGGAUGCUCCCAAAGAAACUAAUGAAACGGCAAGACUCUCUUUGAGAAGACGGUCUGCUCGGUUAAGGCCUGAAGAAGCUGAACCAUGUAAAAGCUUCAAUGAGGGAAUCAAAGUUAUGGAGACGACCAAGAGGAGAAGACUCUCUUCAAUACAACGGUCUGCAAGGUUUGAUAUCCAAGUACCGGAAGUGUCUGACUCUGAAACCUUGAAUGCUGAUGAUGCAAGAAGUUUAGUAAUCGAAGAGUCUCUUGGAUCAAGAUCUGAAGCUGUGGAGGAACCAUCUGAAAGCAGAGGUGACACAAAAGAGACAAACCAGAAACGCAGAGUCUCAACGAGAAGACAAUCAAGAAUGGUUAAAUCUCAAACCGAUGAAGCAAUUAAAGAAAUAGCGACAGACCAAUCUUUGGACAACAACAUAGUUCAAGAGUGUGAUCACCAAACCGAAUCAAAGGACAAGCCUAAAGCUGAUGAACACGAAGGGAUGACAAGAAGAUCAUCUGUGGGAAGACCAUCGAGACAUGCCGCAGAGAAAGUCCAGUCAUACAGAGAAGUCUCACGUAAAGUGAAGCUGCGACGACAAUGCUAAAUCUCCAGGCUCCAGCAUUGUAUGAUUUUUCAUGCUCUUGUAUGAUUUUGCCUCCUACUAAGCUAUAUCUACGCUUCUGUAAUUUGUCAUUACUCUCUUAUGCUUAUUUUCCUUGAAUUAGUAUACGUUACUUACUUAUAACUUUUUUUUUUGACAAAACGUUACUUACUUAUAACUAAGUCGUUAAAUUGGUACUGUUUUGAUUUCUUGCUAGCAAA